UGAGGAAUACAAUGACUUCCUCUUGCAGUAUGAUUUAAAAGCAGUACCCACCAAAGAACGCCGAAGUCACUGAAUGGUUGAAAAGUACUUGAGCUGUACUCGUAAUGGUCAAACUUCAAAUUUUUCUUUUUUUUCUUUGCUAGUAGCUAGCUAGAUGCCAGACCACAGGGUGUGAAGUCUGAAAGGUCCCAAGGUCCCUGUUUGAUCGUUUGCUCCUUCAUUCAAUUUUUCAGGAUCAUCAUUAGCUUUGUCGAAUGGCCUUAGCUUUUUCGACCAUCCGUCUCUGUACCGUUUCCAGAACUCCAGGACUUUUCAACCAUACAAGGCCGGAAAAUCUUUUAUUCUCUGGCUUCUACCCGUAGCUCCAGUCCAAAGAUUUCUCUCAAGUUUGGAGCUCACAAUUCAAAAUCCAAACAAAGGGGAAAGCUCUCGGAACCAAACUACUUCGUCUACAAAACAUUCAAGCCAUCAUGUCGCAAACUUUCAACAAUAUCUCAGAGGACUGGUCUGAAGACUUCUCUUGUCCUGAUAUCGCUUCAUACUCUGAUAAUUCAUCACAAGAUGACGGGGCCCAUGCAGAGCGUCAAGUUCUCAGUCGAGCAGAUCAAAUCCGAAGGAAACUGGCCAAGGUCCAGGCAGAAAGGAGGCGCAAGAACAGGAAGGCUGCCAAGGCAGAACAACGCAAGAGCCUAAAACAACAAGGCAGUGACAAGACUGCACAAGCCAGUUUGUAAGGCGCAAAGGGUUGCCUUCAUUUAUUUCAUCUUCUUCCAAUUUUUCAAAGUCUUUUGCUAUUCAGUACAUAUUUUAUAGUGCAAUUUUUAUUCUUC